CCGGUGAGUUCUAGAGAUGGAUUUGGUCAGGAGGAACCCCCAAACCAACACGCUCAGCCCUUGUUUCCCCCCCCAUCAGGAUUUGUCCUUCCCAAAGCUUGGGGGGAUGGAGGAGGAGGCUGCGAGGAAGAGGAAGAUGCCUUGGGCCCCCCAGGCAGGCCCUGAGCUGAGGACAGAGAGCCCGGAGGACAAAUCCCCCCUUGAGACCCUGGUGGGAGAGGCCGUUUUGAAGGGCUCCACGGCGCAGGAAGGCAGUGGGGAGGAAAAGGGCCGGAGAUCCCCCCGCAGGAGGGGCUCCAAAGCCAUCCCAGGGUGCUCUGAGGAGGAAAGAGCCAGCCUGUGCCGGGAAGGUGGCCGGAGCUUGAGCCAGAGAUCUGACCUGGUGGUCCCUGAUCAGUCUCCCAGCAGGGAUAAGCCCUUCAGGUGCUUGGAAUGUGGGAAGAGCUUCAGAAAGAGCUCCAACCUCCUCACCCACCAGCACAUCCACACUGGGGCACGGCCCUACACGUGUAGGGUAUGUGGGAAGAGCUUCAGGGAUAGCUCCAGCCUGAUCCGACACCAGCGCAUCCACACUGGGGAACGACCCUACCCAUGUGGGGAAUGUGGGAAGAGCUUCAGGGACAGCUCCGACCUGAUCCGACACCAGCGCAUCCACAGUGGGGAACAGCCCUACAUGUGCUUGGAAUGUGGGAAGAGCUUCAACCGGAACUCCCACCUCAUCACC